AUGUUUAUCAAAACCUACUCUGAUCCUCCUAAAGGAACCAUUUUCCAUCUCCUUUUUUUUCUUCUUCUACUUGUUUUUGUAGUAAACUCACUCAAAACUCAAAAAAAUUAUGAUGAAGGAAGUAUCCUUCUAAAACUCAACAAGGAAUUCGGAGUUGGUUCAUAUGGUUUUGAAUCAUGGAAUUCAAGUGAGUCUCAUCACUGCAAUUGGGAAGGCAUAAAGUGCGACACCCGUAGUUUUGUUUCUGGAAUUUUACUUAAAUCUUCGUACCUUUCAAUCAAAAAAUUUCCAAAUGUUAUUUGUGAUUUAAAACAUUUAAAAGAAAUUGAUCUUUCAGAGAGCUUUAUUCCUGGUGAAAUCCCAAUCUCUAUCUUGAAUUGUUCAAAGCUUCAAGUUUUAGAUCUUUCUGGGAAUCAGUUGGUUGGUCAAAUUCCGAAUGAUAUUGGCAGACUUUCGAAUCUUAGGUUACUUAAUCUGGGAUUGAAUAAUUUCACAGGUCAUGUUCCUUCUUCAGUUGGAAAUUUACAUUUUCUACGGAGUUUAUCCCUUCAUCAAAAUCAGUUUAACGGUAGUUUUCCUUCAGAAAUCGGAAAUUUAUCAAACCUUGAAGAUCUUUGUUUGAGCGAUAGUGGUUUUUCGCCGUCGAAAAUUCCCAAUGAAUUCAGUAAAUUGAUAAAGUUGAAGAGUCUUGAUAUGUCAAACAUAAGCUUAUAUGGAGAAAUUCCAGAUUGGAUUGGUAAUUUUUCAAAGCUGGAUUAUCUACAACUUGCGAGGAACAGUUUGGCGGGUAAAAUUCCAAAGAACUUGUUUUUGUUAAAGAACUUAAACCAUGUGUAUUUAAGUGAUAACAGGUUAUCAGGUGAAAUUCCGACAGAAAUCGAAUGUUUGAAUAUGGAUAUAGUUGACCUUUCCAAUAAUGAGUUAACUGGUUUUAUUCCCGAAGGUAUUGUUAAAUUGAAGAAACUGACAAAUUUAGAUUUGUCACAAAACAACUUAUCAGGUGAACUGUCUCAAGAGUUAGGAUUACAUUCCAAGCUUAGAUAUCUUGAUGUGUCGGGGAACAGAUUUUCAGGAAAUUUACCCGAGAAUUUAUGUUUUGGUGGUGAGUUAGAUUCUAUUAUAGGGUUUUCAAAUUAUUUUUCUGGAGAAAUACCGAAAAGCAUCAUAAAUUGUCAUUAUAUAUCGAUUGUUUCACUUUCCAACAACAUGUUAGGUGGCAAGAUUCCAGCUAAUUUUUGGUCACUUCAACAUAUAUGGUAUCUAACCAUAAACGAUAAUUUAUUUUCUGGGGAACUUCCACAUAAUUUGAGUUCGAGCUUAAGGAUUCUCAACUUAGCGAAUAACAACUUUGGAGGUAUUAUACCGAACGGCCUUGGUUCACUUGAAAACCUUGCGUUCCUUUCUUUAAGGUCAAAUAGAUUCAAAGGAUCGAUUCCAGAAGAUAUCAUUAACUUGCAGAGACUCCAAAUAUUAGACUUAUCUCUAAACAAUCUCUCCGGCCAUAUUCCUAGAAGAUUAGGAAAUACGAGUAGAUUCAUAAUGAAUAUAGAGGAGAGCCCGGAUUACUCUGAUGAUGGAUUUGAGAUGGUAAUAAAAGGGGCCCUGAGACAAUUUCGGAAGAUAUAUAAAGGUAGCACAAGUAUUGAUUUAUCUUGCAACACUCUGGACGGAAUUAUUCCAAAAGAGAUAGGCAUGUUAGUAUUACUUUCUUCGCUUAACUUGUCACAUAAUUAUUUCUCCGAUAAAAUCCCAGAAAAUAUCGGAAAUUUGUCUGUGUUAGAGUCUUUGGAUUUAAGUUCCAAUAAGUUGUCCGGACAUAUACCACAAUCUUUAACAACAAUCGACUCUCUAGGGGUCAUAAAUUUAUCUUUCAAUAAUUUGAGUGGCAAGAUUCCGGGAGGAGCUCACUUUGAUACACUGAGUUUGGAUGGCUCUGCUUUUCAAGGGAAUGAUUUAUUGUGUGGAUCUACAAUAAGGAAAGUUUGUGAGGGUGAUCACAAUACUAGUCUUGCAAAGGGCGAUCGAAAUACUAGUACCAGUUAUGCACAUCUUACAAAUGAAGUCGAUCAAGAUGAUCCAGAAGGGAAAUUGUUGUUAUAUACUAUUGAUGUUGUGGGUUUUGUAGUUGGAUUUUGGGGUCUUUUUUUUAUUUUGCUUCUUAAAAGAGAGAAAUGGUGGUUCCCGUAUUGGAGAUUCAUUGAUUUUAUUGUAUUUGGAAUAAUGGAUUACAUCCAAAACUAG